UCUGUCCAUUGGAUCAUUCUUAUCACACUUACAUUUGAUAUUUGAUGUCAUAAAAACAAGGGGAAAUGUCAUGAUUGACUGCUGAGACUGACUAUCAUGACUGUCCAGACCCUGGCUCCAAAACAAUAGAGAAACACCUUAUGACAUUGGACUAUCAGACAUCAGGAAUUAUUUUAUUAUAUAUACCUGUAUAGUAAUAAUAAUGUUACUUAUAAUAUAAUACACAUUACCGACUAAUGGUUAAAUCUGAAUUUCACUAGAAACUGUGUUCAAUGGGAUUUAGCUUGAAAUUAUUAAGUUGCUACAGUGGUGUUAGGGAACAUGCACUGAGAGAGAGAGAGAGAGAGAGAGCGAGAGAGAGAGAGAGGGAUGACUAACAGGUGGUUGAUCCUCAGUGCUGCUGAACACGCAGCUGAGAUGCAGCAGCCGUUUGACCGGUGGAUAACCUGAGGAUAAAAAUCUGAAGCGUCAGAAUGACGGUGAGCUCACUCUCUCAGAGCUGUCCAAAAUCUGUUUAUCUUUUCUGCAUCUCUUUCUUUCUAAAUCCAAAUAUUACAACAGAUUAUUAGCAUUAAUAGAAUAUGAUGAAAGAGAACUAGUAGUCCUCAUCUCCAUUUUGUAUGGCUGCCUGCAUGUGACUUAAUCAGAAGAACAGCACAACUGUUAACACUGUAUAUUAUCUUAAUGUAUAGUAAUUUACUGUGGACUGCUCAUUGAAACAGUGCUUAUUUUUUAACUAUAAUAUUUCCUUGCUGAUUUUCAUAUAUUGCCAUGUUGCUGUGGUCGUUUUGUUCUUGGACAUGCAGCUCAGCAGGUUGUGGCUCUCUGAGGGAUUUCCCUCCGUAAACCCAGGAGGAGCUAAACUACUUAGCUUCGUGCACACGGCCUACUCCUUCUUAGGACACUCAGUAUCUGCACUGCAACAACUACUGCAACACACACUCAGUGGCAGAAUGUUGAACAAAAUGUAUUUGAUCCAGGUGUAAUAGUUAUUACAUAUCUGCUAAUUCAAUCUCAAAAACGGAGACUUUCAAAUAUUCUAGAUUCAUUACACGUAAAGUUAAAUAUUUCAAGCGUUUUCUCUUUAAGAUGAUUAUGGCUUACACCUAAUGAACAUCAUAAAUACAGUAUCUCAAAAUAUUUUUUAUUUUACUGACCCUCUUAUGUGGUUUUUGUGAUUGUUCUUUUAAACCCCGCUGUACACAUAUGACGUUAUACUGUGAAAUGAGGGUAUAUGUCGUAAAGAUUUCCGCUAAAAAGAGAGAGGGGGUGGACUUUUACAUGUGCUAUUUUGUGAAACAAUUAAAAUAACACAUGAUAAAUGAUAUGGCAGUAUAUUAUGGUAUUCCUUGGAUGUGGUACUAUGGUUACUUUGUUGUUAGUGAGAAGAGACGAAAAGAAGAUGGUGUUAUUUUACGUAGACCUACCCUUUAAAAACCCUGUUUGUAAUUUAAGAUUGUGACACUCUGCUUAGAAGCAGUCAGAUCAAAUGUGCCAGCAUUUAUGCAUUAUGAGAUUUUUAGUAUCUGCUUCCCCCCACUUUUUCUAGAUAGCAAUUGCAAUUGCUAUAUAUUGCUAUAUUUCCUGCAAAUGCAGAAUUUAAUUUUAGUGGAGAAAUACUAAUAUAUCGUUAUAAUAUUGUGUUAAGUAUAGUUUAGUUUCAUUUUGUUCCCCCCAAGUGUUCACUUUUAAAAGGUAUUUAGUGGACGUUUGCAGAGGAAUACCAAAGACCACAACUCAGCCUCCACUCACCACAAGGUGGCGCAAAAGUCUCGACAAAAAGCGCAAACAGCAUACAUCUGCAAACUCAGGUCGGUGUGAAAUAUGAAGGAGGAAGAGCCGAAGUGACCUGUUGUAUGCAGACAUUUCACCGGCAAACGCUAGGUGGCAGCACUGUCCCACAUUAAUCGCCCUGUUGUCCACAUUAGGCAGCCGCUCAUCAACAGGAUUAUGAGUUAUUAUCCAUUAUCAAGAGACACGUUUGGAUUAGUCAACAUAAUCCCUGAACUAUAAUCCAGAUCAUCUCUGGGCGCUUUAAUCAAAUUUUGUACCAGUGUUCUUUAAGACCUUUCAAAGGAAGUUGCAGUUUAUGAAUAUAUGGAUUAUACUUUUUCCUGAUGACGUUUCUUGUAUAUAUUACUUAUUAAUUUUUAAUCUUGAAACUGUUGUCUUUGAUUAACAUUAAAGAAAAUAUAUAAUCAAAGCCUUUAUUUAAUGAGACACAAUGACAACAUUGUAUAGGAACAAUUAAAUUAACAUCAUGUAAAUAAAGUAAAUCGAAAGGAAAGACUUGAAAUUCCCAUCAUAUUAGUCGUGAAGUCUUUUGGCUUAUCAGUGUCUCUGAAUACAAAUCUUUGAGGGUCAAUGGUUCCUUUACCGUAUCAGUAAGGAAGACUGUAUCAUUGGUUCAGGUGGUAUCGCUCCCAAAUGUUGUUUUUAAACAUAAUAUGUAUUUUCUGGGUAGAAAUUUAUCAUGACAAAUGAUUUCCCCUGCUGGUCUGUUUCUGAGUCUCAGGGUGUCCAGUCUCUCACCCCGUGGCAGCAAAUCCAACUACUCUACCAAAGGAUUCUCGACAAUGGAGACAAGAGGACAGACAGCUGGCUGCUGGUCUAUUCUCCUGUUCCAAUCGGCUGCAUCUUCCUGUGUUACCUGCUCAUCAUAUGGGCAGGGCCGAAGCUGAUGGCCAAGAGGCAGCCAGUUAACCUCAAACCUGUCCUGAUCGUGUACAACUUUGCCAUGGUCUGCCUGUCUGCCUACAUGUUCUAUGAGUUCACAGCCUCUUCCUGGUUGGCCAGAUACAGUCUGCUGUGCCAGCCAGUCGACUACAGUGACAGCCCGCCGGCCAUGAGGAUGGCAAGGGUAUGCUGGUGGUUCUACUUCUCCAAGGUGAUUGAGCUCAGUGACACUAUAUUUUUCAUCCUAAGGAAGAAGAACGGUCAGCUGACCUUCCUACAUAUCUACCAUCACGCCACCAUGAUCUUCAACUGGUGGGCCGGGGUUAAAUAUGUGGCUGGGGGCCAGUCCUUUCUGAUUGGUCUGAUCAACUCCCUGGUCCACGUAUUGAUGUAUUUGUACUAUGGCCUGGCUGCUCUGGGGCCGAGCAUGACCAAAUACCUGUGGUGGAAACGCUACCUCACCUCUCUGCAGCUGCUCCAGUUCUUCAUCGUCACCCUCCACACCACCUACAACCUGUUUGCUGACUGCGACUUCCCCGACUCCAUGAACGUGGUGGUGUUCGCCUACUCUCUCAGCCUCAUCGCACUUUUCAGUAACUUCUAUUACCGCAGCUACCUGGACAAGAAGAAGACCACGUAGACGUGAGGGGAUGAAGAAGGGAACAAUCUGGUUCCAUCCAAUACUGAACGUAGAGGCAGAGAAAAGAGCUGAGAGGAGUUUGGGACCAGGGAGGUUAUCCAGAGGCAGGCGAAAGAGACGCCACGUCUCUUCUCUGUUAUGUUA